AUGGACAGAAUUAAGCUCCGGGAUGGGGGAUUCCUAGCUUAUAAAGAGACAGGUGUACCAAAGGAUGAAGCCAAUUACAAGAUCAUUCUUAUUCAUGGGUUUGGGAGCUCCAAAGAAAUGAACUUCUCCGCUUCAAAAGAGUUGAUAGAAGAGCUAGGCGUUUAUUUUCUGCCAGACCGUGCCGGGUAUGGAGAUUCUGAUCCAAACCCGAAACGUUCCUUGGAAAGCGAAGCAUUGGACAUAGAAGAACUUGCUUAUAAGUUGCAGUUAGGACCCAAGUUUUACCUCAUUGGAGUUUCCAUGGGAUCAUAUCCUACUUGGAGUUGCCUAAAACACAUACCCCACAGUCAGAAGCUCUUCCCAUCAAAUACUUCAGUCCUUGAAAGCAAUCAACUCUAUUUUAGUAGCAAUGACAUUGAAGUACUCAAGAGGAUUAUCGGCUUUCCUAUGCUUACAAAGAAUAAACUGCGUGAAAGGAAUGUAUUUGAUACUCUAAGAGAUGAUUUCUUGGCGGGAUUCGGGCAGUGGGACUUCGAUCCAGCAGAUGUAUCAAUUAGCGGAGAGAGUUUAGUUCAUAUAUGGCAUGGUAACGAAGACAAAGUUGUGCCGUUUCAACUUCAUAGAUGCAUCUCGAAGAAGCUACCUUGGAUCAAAUAUCACGAGAUACCUCAAGGUGGACAUUUGAUCGUGCACUAUGAUGGUAUUUGUGAUGCGGUUCUAAGGGCACUAUUGCUUGGCGAAGAUCAAAAGAUGUAUCAAUCUGAACCUGAUUCUUCAAAGAUAGAACUCUCUUGUGUGAAUGUUUGUGAUUCGAUUAGUUGA